AUGUAUCUUGCUUGUGAGAGGAGUGGCCAAUAUAGAGCAACAAAGAAGUUAAAACAUGAUGGCAACAAUACAUCAAGAAUAACCGGUACGAAGAAGUGUGGUUGUCCUUUUGAUAUGAGGGCUCAUAGGUUUAUCACACAUGAUGAAUGGACAUUGACCGUAGUAUGCGGAUUGCAUAAUCAUCCACCUGCGGAGCACCUUGAGGGACAUUCAUAUGCGGGGAGGCUAUCAAAGGAUGAGAAAGCAUUGUUAAUGGAUAUGUCAAAGAGCGUGGUUCGGCCAAAAGAAAUCCUAGUAACCUCGAAACAGCGAGAUGCCCUCAAUGUAAGCACGCUUAAAACCAUUUACAAUGUACGCCAUGGAAAUAGGGUGGUACAGAGAGCUGGAAGAUCACAGAUGCAACACUUAUUGGGUGAAUUGGCCAAGUAUAAUUACAUUGAGCGCCAUCAAUCUGAAGAGUCCACAAUGACUUAUGAGAGGGUCGAUAACUAUGCGUGGGUGUUAGCUACAUUGCGUGAUGUCAUGGAUGGUUUUGUUGUGCCAACAAUUAUUGUUACUGACAGAGAGCUAGCCUUGAUAAAUGCCAUACAGAAGAUAUUCCCGAGUGUGUAUUCAUCUUCUAAAAUUCAAUACGAUGAUAAAUCAUUACUUAAGGAAUUCAGUAGUUAUCCUGAUGCAGUCAACUACGUCAUGGAUACUUGGGCUGAGAGUGCACAUGAAAAACUUAAAAGACAAUUGGGUUCAUGUCAAGUCUCAUUUCAGGCAUCAUUUGAGAAAAUACACAGUCUGCUUGAGUUGCAACACACUGAUAUCAAGGCUUCAUUUGAGAAAAGUUUAACUGUUGUGCAACAUCAAUUUAAACCUUCUCAGUUCAGGGAGCUACGGGGUAAUGUGUCUAUCUCUGCAUUGGAGUAUUUGCUUGUAAAGAGUAAGAGAGCCAAUUCCAUUGAUAUUGAUGUUGAAGCUUGUGGAUGCGUCCUUCGCCACACUCAUGGUUUACCUUGUGCCCAUGAGAUUGCUGACUACAUCAGACAAGAUCGUCCUAUACCACUUGCUACCAUACACUCACAGUGGAGGCAACAUCAUAUCUCCGUAUGUAACAAAGAAGACGAAACAGAGGUGACUUGUCAUGCAAAAGUAAAGUUGUUUGUGAACAAGUUUAAUGAAAGUGAUAGAACCAUGCGGUUGGAGCUUUUGAAGAAGUUGAAAGAGAUUGUAUAUCCGGGAAGCACUUUUCUUGUUAAGCCGGAGGUGAAACCCAAAACACGUCCUCGGGAUCAUAAGAAGAUCAAUGUUUCUACCCGUCGUGACCUGUGUGCAUUUGCGUUGGUGCAAUCUGGACAUGAUUCCUUCUCACUUAGGGACACUCAAAUCACUACAUUAGCUUCUACUCUACAAACCAAGAAGAAGCGACCUGUUAAGGGAAAGGAGAAGGUGAAUCUGAAAGAGAAGGUAUACAUUACUAGAACAGUGAAACCUGGUGCAUAUGUUGAUGCUUUCCCUUCUGGGUUGAAACCAUACAUUAAGUUUGUCAAGGAUGUAGCUGCAGAUGGGAAUUGUGGUUUCAGGGCUAUAGCUGCUUCAAUUGGUCAUACAGAAGAUGAUUGGGCUCAGGUUAGGCGUGAUCUAUUGGGUGAGCUGCACAUACAUAAAGAGGAAUACAUUACACUUUAUGGGUCCUACGAAAGGUUUGAAGAAUUGACAAACAGUCCUGGAUACUCACAUUGGAAGACUGUGUCAGACAUGGGGCAUCUUGUUGCAUCGUGCUACAAUCUUGUGUUAUACCACUUGUCAUUACAACAAUGUCUCACCUUUUUACCUCUUAGAACAGUGCAAGUACCUCGACUUGAUAGACGUGAGAUUGCCAUUGGGUUUGUCAACAGAAAUCAUUUCGUCCAGGUUUUGUUGCAGCCAGGCCAUCCAGUUCCUCCUAUAGCCACUAAUUGGCGAAAAUACCGUCACCCUUGCGCUGUCGACUGGGAUGAUGCAUAUGUGCGUCGCAUUCAACAUUUUAAGGACAUUAUUCAUGAUAAUGUAGCUACUCGAGAGACUUUUGAUGUUGUUGAUGUCGCAUGA